AGUGAAAAAGAAGAAGAAGAAACAAUUUUUCGGGGUGAAAAAAUCGUCAUUUUUUCCCAUUUUCCCGACAAAUCUGCUGCUGGCAAAAAAGGGAUUUUCCUCCAAAUUGACACGUGGACUAUUAGUGAGUUAUUUGGGGGAGUGCAAAAGUGUGAUUUGCAUGUAAUUCUGCAAUGAUUGGGCGUACGUUUUGGUAGGCUGGGUAGGCCGCAUCCAUCUAGGCCAGUUUUACUUCCUUGUUUUUUUCUUUAGAAAUAAACUUCCUGGAUUUUAUGUGAUUUUUGCACCAAAAAAAUAAUAAAUAAAUCCACGAACAAUGUUUUGGGGUGAUUUGCACAAAGUGGGGAUUGUCGUGCUUAUUUUCCUCUCAGCCCUCACAUCCGGAAUGGGAAUCCUACCGGAAGCUGAGCGCCAGAGGAGAGGUGUCGUGGCAGGACCAAGACGUCUCAUUGACGAGGUUGCCUGCCCGGAAGUUAGUAAAAUGUGCAGCAAUUUACGCUCCGGAACGGAUGAUCUGUACGUGCUGGAGUGUAUUCAGUCAUUUUCACCGGAACAAAUGGAAUCCCUCACGGAUACGUGUAAGCAUACAAUUUGGGAGCAUACAUCGGAUAUAAUGCGAGAUGACAAUGUUCAGCGUCUCAUGGUGAAGACAUGUGGGCAGGAUAUAGUUGAGAAGUUAGACUGCAAGGCAACUGAGGAGAUUGGCCAUUUCCUGGCGUGUGUCCUGGAUCACCGAGAUGAAGUUGUGGGGAGUACGUGUAAAGGUUUCAUUCAGCGCCUCGAAUGGGUGGCUUUUUCGGAUUUUCGCCUCAUUGGGCCCUUUAUGCGUGACUGCCAGAAGGAUAUCAUUCAACUGGGAUGCGGUAGGGUUCAGCUGGAUCGUUCAAAGCUCUCCCAGGGUGAGACACUUGCGUGUCUCCAGUCCCAAGUGGAGAAGCUCAACAACAAAUGCCGCAAAGGCGUUCUCCAUCUCUCAGAGAUGCAAUCGGACAAUGUUAAAUUCGAUCGGCAGCUCUUCCUUGCUUGCGUCACCGACUCUGAGCGUUUCUGCCCACAGGCACGUCCUGGAUCCGGAGCGGUGUACAAAUGCCUCAUACGCAACAUAAAUGAUGCGAGUAUGUCACAACGAUGCCAGGAACAGCUGACACGGCGUGAUAAGCUCAUUGCACACGACUACAAGGUCAGCCGUGGACUUGCGAGGGCGUGUCGGGAUGAUAUUCGCGUCUAUCACUGCCGUAGAGGCGUGAGUGAUGAUAAGGAGGUACGUCUCGCGCAGAUUCUCCUCUGUCUGGAAGCAGCACAGAAGAACAGCUCAAAAAUAACCCCUGAAUGCUUGGCCGAAAUGGUUGAUCAUCGUAAACUUCUCAUGGAGGACUACAAACUCUCCCCGGAGAUUCUCACAGGAUGCCAGGAUGACAUAACAAAAUUCUGCGGGAAUAUUGAUUCGGGCAGUAAGACCAUUCACUGCCUCAUGGAUCAUGCCAGGCCCAAGCGGAAGAAGGAGAAACGCGUCUCACAAACUUGUGAACGUGCCAUUGAACAGCUGGUGAAGGUGGCAGAUGUCGGGGAAGAUUGGCGUGUUGAUCCCGUUCUCAGGAAUGCCUGCAAACCCGUUGUCGAUGUAGCGUGUCGUGACACAGAAGGCGGAGACGCGAGAGUCAUGUCCUGCCUCAUGGAGAAACUCUCCACGAACUUCAUGACAAAAGAUUGUGAAUCAGCCCUUCUGCAGAUUCAAUACUUUGUCUCCAGAGACUUCAAACUCGAUCCCCAGCUGUAUCGGCACUGCAAGGAGGAUGCCGUGAAGUUGUGCCAUGCAAAGAAGGCAUGGGCUGAUGUUGCAACGGAUCAAAUGGAUCCCGAAAGGGGUCCAAUGAUCCUUCCCUGCCUCCAUCGGUAUGCCUACCAUGCAAAACCCGAUAUGCACCUCAGUCCUGAGUGCUUCCACGAAGUCAAAAGGGUCAUGCGACAGCGAGCUAUCAGUGUGGAUCUCAUUCCGGAGGUGGAGGAUGAAUGUAUUGACGAUCUGGCUAAUUUUUGCCAUGACAAAACCGGAAGAGGUGAAGAGAUGCAAUGCCUGCAGGAUCACAUGGACAAAGUGCAACAAAAAUGUCUGCAGGCUGUGAUAAAUUUUACAGAGGAGGAAGCAGCGCACGUGGAAUUAAAUCCAGUCAUUAUGAUUGCAUGCCGAAGUGCCAUGGAGAGGCAUUGUGAUGCAAUCCUCAAGAGUGGCACGGAUGAGGGGGAGAUGAUGGAGUGCCUCAUUUCGCACAAAAAUGAUCCAGACAUGCGGGAGGAUGUGAAAUGCCGUGCCGCCGUUGAGCACUUCCAGAUAAUCUCACUGAAGAACUACCAUUUUACGUAUAAAUUCAAAGAAGCCUGCAAAGCAUACGUGACACGUUUUUGCCCGCUCAGCAAUACAAAAUAUGAGGUUGUUGCGUGUCUCAGUGAAAGGAUGCGAAAUGACACCAUCAAGGGGCAGAGGCAUUCAAUCCCAAAGGAAUGCCGGCAACAGGUGCGCAAUCAACUGUAUCAGCAACGUGAGAAUAUUGACUACGAUCCACGCCUCAAGAGUGUCUGUCGCGAGGAGAUUGAGCAUCUUUGCUAUGAAAUUCCCAAUACGGGUGGUCAGGUGAAUACAGGCCGAAAUAUUCUGGAGUGUUUGCAGAGGAAAGCCGAGCACCUGAGUCCACCGUGUAGGCAUGCCCUUUUUAGUGUUCGACGCUCUGAACUGAUGGAUAGUGCCACGGAUUACACAUUAAUAAAUACAUGCCGGGAAAUGUUGCAUCAAUACUGUCCGCGUGUUGAUCAAUCCAGUGCCCUGCAGUGCCUCAAAGUACACCGUGAGGAGGCACUCUUUGACCCCAAAUGCCAUCAUGUUGUUGUAAAUCGCAUGAUUGAGCAGAAUCUCGACUAUCGCUUCAAUCCGCAACUCCAGGAGGCGUGUCGUAUGAAUAUUGCCGGCUACUGUACGGACAUUGUGGCAGCUGCAAAGCAAGAUGAGGAAUUAAAUGGGAAGGUGGUGAAUUGUCUAAAGCAGAAAUUCCGCGAGGGAAAACUCACCACGGAGUGUAGGAAUCAAAUGACGCAAGUUCUGCGUGAACAGGCACUCAAUUACAAACUCAAUCCAUUGCUGCAGAAUUUGUGCCAAAAAGAAAUUGAGGUACUUUGUCGUCCAACGGAUGACAUUGAGGAUCACGGCGAGGUGGAGGAUUGCCUCAAGAAGGCCUUCCUCAAUCAGCAAAUAAUCCGGAAGGAAUGCAAAAUUGAAGUGGCAACACUCAUUCAAGAAGCCAAGGCGGACAUUCACGUUGACCCUUUGCUUCAGCAAGCCUGCACAGCUGAUCUUCUACGGUAUUGCUCCACCGUUCCCAGUGGAGAUGGAAGACAAUUGCGAUGUCUUCAGACAAUUCUAGCCGAUAAAGCGGAAGCUCUCGAGGAGAAUUGCAAAGAGAAACUCCUUCAGAGGAUAGAUAUGUUCAAGAAUGCCGCCCCACUUGUUGCAGCUCCGGAAAAUUUAUCAGACCUAUACACGCAGGUAUCAUCGUCACCUGCUAAGAAAUUCUUCUUCAUUGCUUUCCUCACCUUUGUUGGAUUUAUCUUUAUCUUUGGUCUCUUCUGUGGGCGUGCAACGAGACGAACGAUUGCCAUGAAGAAUAAGUGAAAUGCCACGACGUUAAUAAAUCCGCGGGAACGUGUUUUUUUGUGAUUAAUUUUUUCCUUCAUUCGGAGGAUUGAUAUUUUAUAUGACAAAAAUCCUCUUGAAAGAACCCUUAAGAGAAAAAAACUUUUACGUGGAAAAUUCGUGGGUGGGAAAAGCUCAGUGAAAUAUUUUUCGUAAAAUAAAUAAUCAUUCGAUUUUAUACAAACUUUUAGUGCCAUGAUGGAAAUGGAAGAAACAAUUUAUUAUUUUCUUUUGGGGCAGCUUCCUCGGGGAAUAAAACAAAGGAUCUCUCUUGAAGUUUCUUGAAAAGACACAAUAAAAUCAUUUUUUAAUGACAAAAAAAAA